AUGCGCACGGCAGCAGUGCGAGCGCUGAGGAAUGCUCGCCUCUCCUCUCGUCUCUCAUUAGCACCAUCGCCAGCGAGGACAUAUGCCACAGUCAACGCUCCCGAAAAGGAUCCGGUAGAGCUUGACCAGAUCACCACUCUUCCAAAUGGCAUCAGAGUUGCGACAGAAUCGUUACCAGGCGCCUUCUCCGGCGUCGGCGUCUACGUCGAGGCUGGCUCGAGGUUUGAAGAUGAAAGCCUACGCGGCGUGAGCCAUAUCGUCGAUCGAUUGGCAUUCAAGUCGACGAAGCAGAAAACAGCCGAUGAAAUGCUCGAAGCGUUAGAAACGUUGGGCGGCAACAUACAAUGUGCGUCAUCGAGGGAAGCUCUCAUGUAUCAGUCCGCGACGUUCAACUCGGCUGUUCCCACUACGACCGCUCUCCUCGCCGAGACGAUUCGAGAGCCACAAAUCACAGAAGACGAGGUGCAGCAGCAGCUCGAGACAGCGGCGUACGAGAUCAACGAGAUAUGGUCAAAGCCAGACCUGAUCAUACCCGAACUGCUACACAUGACCGCAUAUCGAGAGAAUACACUUGGCAAUCCGCUGUUGUGUCCUAAGGAGCGCCUGCCUGCCAUUAACAGAGAUGUUAUACAAAAGUACCGCAAUCAGUUCUACAAGCCCGAGCGAAUGGUCGUAGCCUUUGCUGGUACUGAACACGCCGAAGCCGUCAAACUAGUUGAGCAAUACUUUGGCGACAUGCAGAAGAGUUCAGAACCUACAAUCUCUACCCAAAGCCCAUACACACCACCGCCUACGCCACCACCUUCACCAUCAAAGUCGUCCUCUUUCCUCUCCAAGAUCGGCCUCAGCAAUUUCUCCACUUCGGCUACUUCCUCCGCGACGGUCUCACCUCUCGAUCCGUCAAUGCUCGAGCCGCCACCCUCACUUACUUCUCUGACCCAACCUGCACACUACACCGGCGGCUAUCUUGCCCUACCCAAACUUCCAGUACCAACCAACAACCUCUCCAUCCCGCUCUCCUACAUUCAUCUCUCUUUCGAAGCUCUACCCAUCUCUUCACCAGACAUCUACGCCCUAGCCACCUUGCAAACCCUCCUUGGCGGCGGUGGCUCCUUUUCCGCCGGCGGGCCAGGCAAAGGAAUGUACUCGCGACUGUACACCAACGUCUUGAACCAACACGGCUGGGUCGAGUCAUGCGUCGCCUUCAACCACAGCUACACCGACUCCGGCCUCUUCGGCAUCGCUGCCGCCUGCGAGCCCGGUCGUGUUGGCCACAUGGUUGAUGUCAUGUGUCGCGAGCUGCAGAGCCUGACUCUGGACACCGGCUUCCACGCCAUGCAAGCCGGCGAAGUGCAACGUGCGAAGAACCAGCUUCGCUUCUCGCUGCUCAUGAACCUUGAGUCACGUCUAGUCGAGCUCGAAGAUUUGGGCAGGCAAGUCCAGGUCCAUGGGAGGAAGGUCGGUGUGCAGGAGAUGUGCGCCAAAAUCGAUGCUCUGACCGUGCAUGACCUACGGCGCGUAGCGCGGCAGGUCUUUGGAGGGCAGGUAUACAACGCUGGGAAGGGGACCGGUGCACCGACGGUUGUUGUGCAAGAGGGCGAGGAUCCGGCGGGAAAGUAUACCAAGCAGAUCCGUUGGGAGGAUGUGCAGAGCCGGAUAGCGAAGUGGAAGUUGGGGAGGCUAUAG